AUGGCUGCCUUACUGAUCCCACGGAGGAACAGAGGGAUGAGGACUCGCCUGGGCUGCCUGUCUCACAAAUCAGACUCAUAUAAUGAUUUCACAGCUAUUCUUCCGGACAAGCCCAACCGGGCUUUGAAAAGACUGUCAACAGAGGAAGCGACAAGAUGGGCAGACUCUUUUGAUGUCCUUUUGUCCCAUAAAUAUGGGCUGGCCGCUUUCCGUGCUUUCCUGAAGACAGAGUUCAGUGAGGAAAACCUGGAGUUCUGGCUUGCCUGCGAGGACUUCAAGAAAACCCGCUCGGCAGCCAAGCUGGCCUCCAAGGCUCAGCGGAUCUUCGAGGAGUUCAUCGAUGUGCAGGCUCCUCGAGAGGUGAACAUAGACUUCCAGACACGGGAACUGACAAGAAGAAAUAUGCAGGAGCCCUCCCUCUCUUGCUUUGACCAAGCCCAGGGGAAGGUGCACAGCCUGAUGGAGAAAGACUCUUACCCCAGGUUCCUGAGAUCCAAAAUUUACACAGACCUGCUGUCUCAAACCCAGAGGAGGCUCAGCUAGAGCAGAGAUGGGGCUCUCGGAAACCAUGUGCUUCCCACAACGGCCAAAACCCAUGUCUAAAUGUGAACCUUUCUUGGUGUUAAAAGCUGUGGGGAUGAGAAAAGAGGGAGAAGGGGAAGAGGAGGCUUCCAGAG